UACAUUUUGUUCAUAAACAAAUUUUAUUUAUAAAAAUAAAGGUUCAAAAGUACAACAGGGGCUCUGGUAUUAUUGUAAUCUGCAAUUUUAAACUAUUGAGUUAUGGUAUUGUUUUCAAGAAUUAUCGCUAGACCUGCCUUGAUCAAGCAGGUUUUACCUAGCAGCAUCUAUCCCAAUAUGGCAAGAAUGUCCUCCCAAACUCCCACAUUCGAAUUUCUAUCAGUCACAGUUCCAAAAGACUACAUCUUCCACGUGGAAUUGAACAGGCCAACCAAAUUAAACGCCAUUACGCAUAAAUUCUUCAGUGAAAUCAAAGAGUGCUUCGACCAUUUGAGCUUAAACGAAGAUUGCAGAAUUGUGGUCCUCAGCGGAGCAGGCAAACUAUUCACUGCAGGAAUCGACUUUAAAGACUUUGCAAAAAACGGCUCCAAAAUUGGUGCAGAAGAAGACAUUGCCCGCAAAGCAAAACUACUCCUAAACAAUUUCCUUCGGCCCUACCAGCAAAGCAUGUCGUCUUUGGAAAGGUGCAACAAACCUGUAAUUGCUGCCAUACAUAAUGCUUGUAUUGGAGCUGGAGUUGAUUUAGUUACAGCUGCAGAUAUGAGGUAUUGCACCAAAGAUGCCUAUUUUCAAGUCAAAGAAGUUGAUCUUGGAUUGGCUGCUGAUAUAGGAAGUUUGCAACGCCUACCCAAAGUUAUUGGUGGUGAUAGCCUUGUUAGAGAGCUUUGCUAUACUUGCAGACAAUUGCCUGCACAUGAAGCAUUGAACUGUGGCUUGGUAUCUAAGGUUUAUGACAAUAAAGAAGAAAUGCUGCAAGGUGUCCUAGCUCUGGCAGAAGAAAUAUCCAAAAAAAGUCCUGUAGCGGUGCAAACAACCAAAACCAAUCUGAUUUAUUCCAGAGACCAUACGGUGCAAGAAGGCUUGGAUCAAAUCGCUUUAUUAAACCAGGCGAUGUUGCAAAGCGAAGAUUUGCUCAACGCUACAAUGGCACAAAUCACCAAGGAUUCUGAUGUUGUAUUUUCUAAAUUGUAAUAAAUAUUGUUUUUAAUUUGCUAA